GUCACCGCCAUGACAACGCCGGAAAAGGAAGACUUCCACUUCCGGUGCCGGCCCGGCUUCAUGACCCGGAAGCUCAGCUUAGCCCUCUUCCGGUACGUAGCUCACAUUGCCUCGCGGAUCUGUGGCGCCGGUGUGAUCCUCGGAGCUGCCGAGAUGAAGCCGAUCCUGCUCCAGGGCCACGAGCGAUCCAUCACGCAGAUCAAGUAUAACCGCGAGGGAGACCUGCUCUUCACCGUGGCCAAGGACCCCAUUGUCAAUGUAUGGUACUCAGUGAAUGGAGAGAGAUUGGGCACCUACACUGGGCACACUGGAGCUGUGUGGUGUGUGGAUGCUGAUUGGGACACCAAACAUGUCCUUACUGGCUCUGCCGACAACAGCUGCCGCCUCUGGGAUUGUGAGACAGGGAAGCAACUGGCUCUGCUGAAGACCAACUCAGCUGUCCGUACAUGUGGAUUUGACUUUGGAGGCAACAUUAUCAUGUUCUCCACAGACAAGCAGAUGGGAUACCAGUGCUUUGUCAGUUUCUUUGAUCUGCGGGACCCCAGCCAGAUCGAUAGCAACGAACCUUAUAUGAAGAUCCCAUGUAAUGCUGAUGCUAAGAUCACAAGUGCCGUGUGGGGACCCUUAGGGGAGUGUAUCAUUGCUGGCCAUGAAAAUGGGGAACUCAACCAGUACAGUGCUAAGUCUGGAGAAGUGAUGGUGAAUGUCAAGGAGCAUUCGAGGCAGAUUAAUGAUAUUCAGACAUCCCGAGACAUGACAAUGUUCGUCACUGCCUCUAAGGACAAUACAGCCAAGCUCUUUGACUCCACGACCCUUGAGCAUCAAAAAACAUUCAGAACAGAACGACCUGUCAACUCAGCCGCUCUCUCUCCUAUCUACGAUCAUGUAGUCCUGGGUGGUGGGCAGGAGGCCAUGGAUGUAACCACAACCUCCACCAGAAUUGGCAAGUUUGAGGCCAGGUUCUUCCAUAUUGCCUUUGAAGAGGAGUUUGGAAGAGUCAAGGGUCACUUUGGCCCCAUCAACAGUGUUGCUUUCCAUCCUGAUGGCAAGAGCUACAGCAGUGGUGGGGAGGACGGCUACGUCCGAAUUCAUUACUUCGAUCCACAAUACUUCGAGUUUGAGUUUGAAGCGUGAGGAGUUGAAACUGGCCUCUCCUGACCCUCUUGCUCUGAUUAAUGAGUUGUGGACAUCAAAAAAUAAACCAAAUGGAAUGUGA